AUGUGCCAAGUACUCUAUGUCUUUAUCCUCUACAUCAAUGACACCAUGGAUCCAGUCAUUAUAAUCACUCUGUCUUGUUCUUCAUCUUGGUGUUCGUCUUCCUCCUCUCCAUCAUUUAUCAUCACUUAUUCUUGCUCCUCAAAAUGCUUUAACCUAACCUCAACUAUCAUAUUAUUAAAAGAUUUCGUUGAACAAAUUAUAGUUAAAGAGAAUAGUAAUAUUGAACAAAACCUUUCAAUUCCUCAUAUUGUACCCUCCACCACCACCACCAGACCGAACCAGAAUCCGGUCAACAUUGACCAAAUUUGUGAUGACAAAGAUCCAAAUGAUGAAUUAUAUACAUUUGAAUCAACCAACUCUUCACUUUGUAUCAUCUAUCAAUUCAAAUCACCAUCAGAUAUUGAAUACAACUGUGAAAAUGAAACCACCAAAUACCAAUACGAUACAUCAUCAUCAAGCACCACCAUCAAAUCAUACAGCAUUGACACACCAGUCGGUACAAUGAUGGCAUCAUUCAGCAACCGUGUAGAAAUCGAUGAAAACUAUGCAAUGGUCUCAUCAAUCCUAGCAAUCACAUCAGUUGAUUCAUCAACACCAUCAACCAACGGUAUCCAAUACAUUGCCAUCCAAGUUCCAUCGUUUGGAGAUUAUGUUGAAAUCGAUCCAAUAUUUUCAGCUACCUCAAAGACUGCACCAUCAACCGAUGCCUGUAUUGUAUCAUCAGCAUCUUCAUCCUUUGUACCACCAAUCUUAUUACUAUCAAUCAUAUCAUCAUCAAUUGUUAUCCUCUUGUUUUCUUUUUAA